AUGUCCGAAUACUUCCGGAAGCUCAUCAAGCGGGACCCGCCACCAGCAGCGAACAUCCGCUUCCGCUGUGCUAAGCUGCACAGAGUGACAGAUGCUGCUGGGAAUUCCAAGGACAGUGAGUACAAUACCAUCUAUGAUGUGCUUAAGUCAAGAGGCUGGAAAGAGACCGAUGUCGACACCGAGUGGCACAUCUUUUGGUGCGACAAAGAUUGGAUUCACUCCGCCUUUGACAAGAUGCAUUUGGAUCCGCAUCAGCAUGUGAACCACUUCCUGAACCACCAAGAGCUGACUCGAAAAGAUCUGCUGGUAAAGAACAUGAAAAGGAUGCGGCGGCAAUGUGAGAAGGACGGUCGUCCUGCUGACGCCUCGAAGUACAAUAUUUGCCCCGUGACCUUUGUCUUGCCACAGGAGUACAGCAUGUUUGUGGAGGAGUUCAAGAAGUGGACAGGAUCUACCUGGAUCAUGAAGCCCAUCGGCCGUUCUCAGGGCUCCGGGAUCUUUUUGAUCAACAAAUUGGCACAGACGCAGCAGUGGAAGCCUCGUCAGGACUGGAAUCCUUCCCAGCCAAAGACUGAGGACGAAGAGGCUGGUGUCGAAGCAUACAUCGCACAGAAAUACGUUGAAUCGCCUCUCUUGAUUGGUGGCAAGAAAUUUGACAUGCGCUUGUAUGUUUGCGUCACCAGCUAUCAUCCACUAACGGUGUACAUGCACCGUGGUGGCUUCUGCCGAUUUUCGAUGACCAGAUAUUCUAGUGACAAAAACGAUCUCAACGACUUGGGCUCUCACCUCACCAACGUCGCAGUUCAAAAACACAGUGGCAAGGCUGCCUACAAACGAACUGGCGCCAAGUGGGAUGUGCACAAUCUCAAGUCUUACCUGCUCACAACUGCUGGGUGUCCAAGUGGGAUGGAUACAUCAUACAUCCAACGCGAAACCCAAAAAUGGCUUACCCCUGAAAUCCAUCAGAGUCCCUGGGUUUAA